ACUAGAAGCAGAAGUGAGUGCGUCCGGUGCGUCGUGCUUCCGUUUCUUCCAAUCUUCCUUUUGGUUUCAGUUACUACUGACGCUGAGAGAUAUUUCUCAUUUAAGAUGCCAAUUUCUAAUUCAGAAGUUGACAUAAACCCGGAUAUAUUUUUUGAAGAGGAAGACCUACCUUAUGAGGAGGACAUUCUGAGAAAUCCUUACAAUGUAAGAUGCUGGCUUCGCUACAUUGAGCACAAAAAGGAUGCCGCCAAAGAGAUUCUCAAUACAGUCUAUGAGAGGGCUUUGAAACAGCUUCCAGGAAGCUACAAACUAUGGUACAAUUACCUGAAGCUGCUUCGGUCUCAGGUCCGCGGCCAAAUCAUCACAGACCCGUCCUACGAGGAAGUCAACAGUGCUUUUGAGAGAUCUCUGGUUUUCAUGCACAAGAUGCCGCGGAUAUGGCUGGACUAUCUCAACUUCCUGAUUGGCCAGGGCAAAAUAACUCGCACCAGACGCUGCUUCGACCGAGCGCUCCGAGCUCUGCCCAUCACCCAACAUGGCCGCAUGUGGCCGCUGUAUCUCAAGUUUGUGAGAGCUAAUGACAUCCCUGAAACAGCUGUUAGAGUUUAUCGCAGAUAUCUCAAGCUCCAGAAGGAGGGGUCGGAGGAGUACAUCAGCUUUCUCAUCUCCAUCGGCUGGCUGGACGAGGCGGCGCAGAGACUGGCCGACGUGAUCAACGACGAGAACUUUGUGUCUGUGGAGGGCAAGUCCAAACAUCAG